AUGGAGGCACCGCAGAGAAACGACAAGUCAAGUUCCAGCAGUCAGGUAGUGGAGGACGGGGAGGUGCUGGCCCGGUUGGUGUGCAUCGCGACCGAGAUAUACCCGGAGGGUGAAGGCGAGGACCUGCGCUACUGUACCAAGGCCUUCGCCCUCUACCUGACCGCCGACGGCCGCCUGCGCACCGACGAGCCCUCCUCAGGCAGCAGCCUGCCCUGGUACGCCCUUGGCAAUGAGCACACCGUGGUCCGCACCGACGAAGGCGGCUGGCGCGGCGUGUGCUCGUCCGACGGCCACGUCACCCUCCAGGCCAGCGGUAGCCUCCCCAAGGCCCAGGCACAGCCCCAGACCACCACCGUCGAUCGACUGCUGGCCGGCCGCCUGCUCCCGCCCUGCAGCCUGGCCGGUACCGUCACCACCACAUCCGCAGCGGCCCCAGGCCGCUUCGAGAUCGUGAUCGUGUCGGUCGAGCUCCGGUGCCGGCCACCUGGGACCACCUGCUCGGGCUCCUGA